AGGCCUCAAAGCCAUAGAUAUCAUGGGGGACCAGAGGCUGCCAGAGAACCAGCUUCCUCGAUUACCCAGGCACAAACCUGUCUUGAAGCACAAGACAGAACCACAGAUAUCUGCUCCUUUCAUGGAGGAGCGUCACCAGCAGUUUUCUCAGGAAGAACUAGAUGACUUUACUACAGAUUAUGAACCACAAGAAGAGAUUCCUUCAAGAACCACCCAGGGAACUGUUUUCCCCAGAAUUUUUAAUAAAGUACCCAGUACUGCCUCCAAGAUGAGUCAAAGAAAGCUACCAAAGGAUUUUGGAUUGUAUUGCUCAGUAUCAAUGGGUCAGCAAGGAAUCAAAAAAGCACAACACAAGCUGAAUCACUUGUCUCAGAUGGAAGAUGAUGCUGAAGACUAUGCCAUAAAUUUGAAGGAGCGGCCAAAAUGUGACCAGAAUCUAAAUAAGUGGCCUUACUUCGAAAAUCAAAUAAAAGCAAAUAAGAAUAGAAAGCAUGGGAAGAAGCUUCACAGAAAAUUCAACCUGCUACCCCAAGUAAAUUCCAGAUUGGAUCAAAAAAUUUUUCUUCCAAAAUAUACAUCCAGAAAUCAGAAUAUGCUUGACUCUCUUAAUUAUACAAGCACAGAAAGGGAAGGUGAUAAUACAUAUGAACGGAAUGAAGCAAUGGGAAACUUGGAUGUGCUGCAACAAUUUGACAUGGACUAUGCUAACCAACCAACUUAUGACGAAUCCUCAGACAAAAUAAACAGUCAUCUUCCUUCUAAGCUUAAGUACUUCAGUGGAUUAACGGAAGAGAAGGGAAACAAAUUCUCCAAACAGAUACCAAAACUUGAGAUGAACGUCCAAACGCCAUAUGAUCUUUCUAUGUCCACCGAGGAGGAGUAUAAAUAUGGACCUUCAUACCAAAAACUGAAGCAAUUGAAAACACAGGCCAUAAAAGAGCCUUUAAAUGGCCCCAAGGACUUGCUCAAUAUUGAAGGUAAAAAAGUCUGCAAACCAGAUACACUUGAAAAUCUCUAUGGAGCAAUUGCCUUUAAGGAUUUCAUUGUAGAGAAGGGCUACAAUAUGCCAGGAAUACUCCAGAAGUUUUUUAUGAAAAAGGGAUGGAAUUACGACUCUGUUAGUACUCCUAUUCCGAGUGCAUUAAAAAAAUAUGAAACGAUUCUACAACAAAUGGAUGAUGAAGAUUAUGAAAAUGAUGGGAAAGAACUUGACUAAAAGAUUUUCUUAUUACCACCCUACUUGACUGUGUCCUCUGCUCAUUUUGCAUUUGAGAUGCAUUGAGUGAAAAAACACCCUUUGGCACCACAACCACAAACAUAAUUCCUAACAUUCAGAAACAUUUCUCAAUGAACUCAUACUCUGCCUUCAAGAAUAUUUUUGAUGUUCUAUACAGUGUGAGAGCAAUGUUAGAAUUUGAUUUCCUCACAUAGUCUUUCCUUGACACUGUUAUAACAAGCAUUUGUAAAACUACAUAAAACCAUUCAUUAAAAA